CAUAAGACCAGGGAACACGGAAGAGGAUCUGGAUUUUCUGCAUGGUUCCUGUUCGAUAUCAGAUUUAAGAAUGCGUCUGUGCUUUAGUGCGCUGAUCUCGAUGGUGGUCAUUACGCAUGGACAAAGCUUAGGAACAUCUGCAAGAACCUUUGAAAUAGACUAUGACCACAAUUGUUAUCGGAAGGAUGGACAACCAUUCCGCUAUAUAUCAGGGAGCAUUCAUUAUGCCAGAAUUCCUCGAUUUUAUUGGAAAGACCGAUUGCUAAAGAUGAAGAUGGCAGGAUUAGAUGCCAUUUACACGUACGUACCCUGGAACUUUCAUGAGCCAAAACCAGGAAUUUAUGAGUUUUCUGGAGAUCAUGAUAUUGUGUCUUUCUUGCAACUUGCCAAUGAAAUUGGAUUGCUGGUUAUUCUGAGAGCAGGACCUUAUAUCUGUGGAGAGUGGGACAUGGGAGGGUUACCAGCUUGGCUCCUUGCAAAAGAAUCUAUUGUCCUUCGGUCUUCUGACACAGAUUAUCUUCAUGCUGUGGAUAAUUGGAUGGGUGUGCUACUUCCAAAGAUUCAACUCUUGCUUUACCAAAAUGGUGGUCCCGUUAUAGCUGUACAGGUUGAAAAUGAGUAUGGAAGUUACUUUGCAUGUGACUACAACUAUCUCCGGCAUCUUCUUAAACUUUUCCGUCACCAUUUAGGAGAUGAGGUAGUUUUAUUCACAACAGAUGGAUCUGGAUUGCCAUAUGUAAAAUGUGGAACAAUUCAAGGCCUGUAUACAACUGUUGAUUUUGGACCAGGAACUAAUGUGACUGACGCAUUUUUCGUUCAAAGACACAGUGAGCCAAAGGGACCGUUGAUAAACUCAGAAUUUUACACUGGUUGGUUGGAUCACUGGGGAGAGCGGCAUUCUGUAGUUGCAACAGAAAGAGUAGUCAGUACUCUUAAUGAAAUACUCGCACAUGGAGCAAACGUUAACAUGUACAUGUUUAUAGGAGGAACCAACUUUGGCUACUGGAAUGGAGCAAACACACCAUAUGAACCUCAGCCAACCAGUUAUGAUUAUGAUGCCCCUCUAUCUGAAGCUGGAGACCUCACUGAAAAAUACUUUGCAAUUCGAGAGGUUAUUAAAAAGUAUAAGAAGAUUCCAGAAGGCCCUGUCCCUCCAACUACUCCAAAAUAUGCAUAUGGUGAAAUUAGUAUGGAAAAGGCAAAAACUGUUAUUGAAGCUUUGGAUGUUUUGGCGCGAUAUGGGGCAAUAAAAAGUGUGUAUCCUCUCACAUUUGAUCAAAUGAAACAGUACUUUGGUUUUGUGCUGUACAGAACUACCAUACCAAAGAAUUAUACUGAACCCGCACCGCUGUCUUCUUUAUAUGAUGGAAUCCGUGAUCGUGCGUAUGUGACUGUAAAUGGGGUUCUCCAGGGUAUUCUUGAAAGAAAUAAGAUGCAUACGAUUAACAUAACUGGAACUGAAGGUGCACAUCUUGAUUUGCUGGUAGAAAGCAUGGGCAGAGUCAACUUUGGGAGGUUCAAUAAUGAUUUCAAAGGACUGCUUACCAACUUAACACUCAAUGGUGAUAUACUUGCUAACUGGACAAUGUACCCGUUGGAUAUCGACAGUGCUAUAAUUGGUGAACUUUUAUCAAAAGCCUCUGCUUUAAAAACAGACAACAUACCAUCUCCUGCUUUUUAUAAAGGCAGUCUUGCCAUUCCUGAGGGAAUUCCAGACUUGCCUCAGGAUACCUUUAUUAAAUUCACUGGCUGGACAAAGGGACAAAUCUGGAUCAAUGGAUUCAAUCUGGGACGUUACUGGCCAGCUAGAGGUCCUCAAGUAACGUUAUAUGUUCCGGUGCAUAUAUUGACAACAUCUCAAGUGAACAAUAUUACUGUGCUGGAGUUAGAACACUCUCCUUGUGAAACUGGAAAAUGUGUGGUUGAGUUUGUUGACAAACCAAUACUCAAUGAAAACCCAGGAUAUGUAAAGGAAGAACUUUCUUUCAACAAAGGAAGCGUGCUUUAAAAUGUAAAAUUAAAUUGUCUUCUUACUUGAUGUUAUUUUUUUUUCUUCAUUAAAUCAUUCUUGAAGAAGAGGCAACACUUGACAAAUUGACUGGGAAGUACGCACAUGUUUUGGAUCAUUCUAUUGUGUUGUAGUUAAUGUUUAUCUUUUCCAAUUGUGGUUACAUUUAUAUACACUCCUUUAAUUACUCUUAACAGCCUAUUAGUCAAAUAACACUCCUUAAUGUUUUUCACUCUAUAUCAAAGAUAGGGGAUUCAGUACCCCUCCUUUUCUAAAUACUAAUGAACAUUGAAAUAUUAAAGUAUUGUAAUCAUAAACCCCUACAUAAAUGUGCAUCCAAAAAAAAUCCUGCAAAGCUGAACUUGUCAAAUGCAGUUUAGUGCAAAUAGUUUUAGGAGAUUGUGAAUUAUUAUCAGGAAGAAUACAUUUUACCAAUCCAAGAAUUGGUCUUAAGUGUUGGUCCAAAGUUGUGGAUUUCUGUUCUUCACUGAGAGCCCAGGUGUGCUUUACAUGACUUGGCUGUUCAGUGAUUAACAAUUUUAUCCUCUAAGAAGUGUAAACUCUUGCUUGUUCUCUGAUUGUAUCUGAACCCUUUUUGAGAUUUUACAUGUCUUUCUUUUGCUGUUAAUUCUUUGCAAGUUUUGGAAAAUCAUACCUUUUUCCUACUUACAAUUUCCUAUUAAACCCUUUCAUUUUCCUCA